UCUGGAUGGCCGAGCAAAGGAAUGCAUUUUGCAUGGGGCAUCUCACAAAGACGUGCUAGUUAAAAUUCCUGUUUUUAUUUCGAGAGACAUUCAUCUGAGCUGUUCGCUAGAACCGUAAUCAGACCGGAAAUAUCUGAAAUUUGUGUGUUUGGCGUGAUAACAACUUGCGCACCACACGAACUGGCCCAAAUUCACUCACGCUAAACUUUUCGCAAACAACUGCUACGUUUGCUCGCUGAGGCAAACGCGUUGGAAAACAAACAGUUAUACUUGGCGCUGUUGGAUUACCACCGAGCGAAUGUCGAACGCGCGCGAACGAAAGAAUAGGGGUGGCCAGAUUUUCGACGAAAACAGCAACGGAAUCAAAGAUCCGAAGUUCUUGAGUCCGAAUUCCUCUUCGAAAAGUCUCGAUGUGUCCUCUGCUUCGGACAACGAUUCUUGGGCCUCAGAAGAUUCGUACCCAGACGAGCUACCCUCACCGCCAAUCCAAUGGAAAUCGGAAAUUCCUUGGACGCCUGAUCGCCGCAGAAGUUCUAUCAAAAAACCUCAAUUUCAACUCGAUCCAGUCGCGGUUCAGCUGAACGAAUUCUACGAGAAUCGCGUGCGGAUAAGCUUGGAACGCAAGGAAAUCUGCGAAGAAAUCGCCUACAAUGCAGUGCACAAAUGUUUCCGUAAAAUCCAGAUGGUGGAUAACCGAUUUCGUGCUAAUAGCGUCGUUUCGCAGGGAAUUCCGUACGACGGAUUACAAGCUGAAGAAGCCAUUCAGAUGGACAUGCUUGUACAAUUGUCCCCUGGAAGAAGUUCAGCCAUGUACACCGCCUACGAUGAGCGGACGGGCGGAAUGCGCGUCCAGCCGAGCUCCGAAGAUUACUCCGUCUGGGAGGACUGCAUAACAACCAAUGGCUUUUUGUCGGCUGGAAAGAUCAACUCACUGCUUAGAAAGUACGUCAAGAAAGCUGUGAAGAUUUUAAACUUUCAUAUCAAGGAGGGUCGCGCAGAUAAACUGCCGAAGAAUCUGAGUAGCAUCUCGGUCGAGAAAGGACCGGUCAUUCGAGUGAUUGUGAAUAAAGACAUUUCGGUCGACAUUUUACCAGCGUUUGUGAUUCCCGAUUCUCGUUCAGAUCCGUCUCGCAGAGAUUGUCCAUCUUCAUCGCACGUGGUUUGCAAACCGCACGUUCAAAACGAGAUGAUUUGGCGCCUUUCAUUUUAUGUGGCGGAGAAAAACCGCAUCCGAGCUCUUAGCGAGGGAUGUCGUGUACAGCUGUUACGAAUCUUGACCGAAAUUCGCGACAAUGAGGAUCAACUGAAAAAGCUUUCAUCAUAUCACGUCAAGACACUGCUGUUCCACGAAUCUGACGUUUAUCCGGACUUUCACGAGUGGAGCGCGGAAAAAAUCUCGCGCCGUUUCUUUGGCUUGUUAGAACGACUGAAAAAAGCGCUGAAAGAGGGCAACCUACCACAUUAUUUCAUGCAACCGCCAGAUUUCAAGCAAGUGAAUUUAUUCGUUGAUCUCGACGGGAAAACUUUGUCAGACAUGUUGGACGUUGUAGAAGACAUUAUGGAAAACCCAAUGGGUGUUCUUAGGACUGUGGGUCGAGAGAGAAGACAGACAAUGUGGCCUUGGGAGUUAGGCCUGUUUUUACCCGCGGGACUGACCUCCUAAAGUGGGACAGGUAAGUCUCGCCGCAUAUUUCAACUGUUUGCCAUAUCUAGGCGACGCUUUGAUCAUUUAACAUUUGAUUGUUAAAGUUAACUGACAAUCUGUUUUUCGAUCUGUUGUUCUCAUUUUGAAGGUUAUCUUCUGUUAAGUUGUUGGACGCAAUUUCUUUCACACGAUCUUUACUCAAGGUCAAUACCAACUCUAAUCCAGUUUUCAAAAAGCUUUUGUCUUUUUCAGCAAAUGUGCCAAACGCUUUUGCUGAAAUCAUUUAAAGGCUUACGUAAUUAAGUAACGAUGCGUUGUUUUAGCUGCUUUUCAAGACUUCGGUUAGUUUGCUUGCCAGUGCAAUGCAAUUAUUGACAUAUUUUCGCGGAAAAAUAUGAGUUUAAUAACAACUUAACUCGCUCGAUCAUUUGAUGCAAGAAAAAAAAAUUCUCUCUUUUUAUCAUCCUCUUAAAUAUCAUGGGUAUUUCAUAAUGAUAAAUUUAUCUCCGGUUGAAAAAAGAAAAUCAUUAAAAACAGAUGGUUAACUGUCGCGCCAGAUAACGAGAAUCAGUGACGUCAAAAAGGGAAGAACUAGUCCAUUGUUUCACAUUACGCCUCACAGUGAAAUUUCAAGACGGAAAUCGAAAUUCCAUUUGAAAGCCAACAUUUGACCUCUUUAUAAUCUAAAACAACACAGAUCUGCAAAGAAUAAUAGUUCAUAUAUUCCUUUAAAUGUUUUAACAGUUAUUUAGCAGCGGUUUGCGAUCGGUAAUUAUGGCAGUUUUGUCUCAGCAGAAAGACUUUUUCGUAGAUGUCUUCAAACUUACGAAGUGCUAUCAUGUGAUAUUCACUUGUUGUGCUAUGAAUAGUACAAGUUUUAAGUCAAGCAAUUAAAAGAAUCCAAGAGCUCUUUUGACGGUCAAAACCAUCGUCGUUGUGUUAUAAAAAAAAUGAUCCGGGCGCUUAGAUCAUCACUAAAACACUUUUGCUCCAGUAGGUUCAUUCAGGUUUUCUCGAGUACAGAAUGUUAACCUUAACAUGCUACAGUAACCCAAGCCUGGCGUUAAAUCGGAGAAAGUGAUGCAAAUUGCCAAAAAUUCAUUAUGAUUCCAAUAGCUGCUUAUUAAAUGAAUCAGAAAUUAUUUGAAAUGGCAGCUCAUUUCACUCAGCAUAACAUCACAUCCUACGAGCAAAUAUUUCCCUGACAAUCCACUUUACUAAGAAAAUAAACCAAAGAACAGUAAUUAAUUAAAUCGAAAACUAUGACAUUCCUGUCUAAUCCAGAAUGCGUGGAAUGUUGAAUGCUCCUCACAAACUUCACCAAAGGUAUUUAAUGAUAGAAUGAUAAGCGAUUAAAGGAGCUUUCAUAAAUUUUAUUAUUCAACACAUUUGCAAGGUAACUGACGACAGGGGCAAAUAAAAUAAGCAAUUUGAAGGUUUAACAUUUUAAAAUAGGUUUCUAAAAUAGUUUCUAUUUGCAUAAACUCAUGCAGUAACGCGUGUGUCGUGAUUGGCGCCUCUCGCUCGUAAAUGUUUGGCGUGAAUUAAUGCUGUACAUUCUAAAUACCAUUGUUCAUAAAUUUCCUUUUUCAGAAAUCCAUUUUUAAUGACCCUCAUGAUCACAGCUGGCUGGCGAGAAACCAAAUCAUGACACUUAUCCGCCUUAAAUCAAGAGUCAAACCAGCAUGUGUGAACCGGAUCAACUUGAUGGAAGCCACUUCAGCGAGAGUUGAGAACUUGACGAGUUCAAGAAAUCGUCAGAGGAUUAGGAAACAGUCCAGAAAUACUUGACAUUUGUCAAAAUGUUCGCGCUUGGAAGAAUUCAAACUCGUUCACCAAAAGUCAUCAAGUCACGUAGAGCGUAAAAACUAUGCAAUCAAGAAAAGUGUGUCACACAAGAAACGAGCAACAAAGUCGAUUUUCAAAGGUUUUUGUUGUCCUUUUUACGCUUCACGAUUCCAAGUUACCGCGAUUUCGAUCGAGUAUUGCAUUUCAGGAAAGUUAGCCAAGAGUCUUUCGCCUGUUUGCCAAAAGCAUUUUUGUGGAGUUAAUUUUUCUUGAAAACAGAUUUUAAAGUGUAGAAGUUUUGAAAUUUGUUUGCCGCAACAAAGAACACUUUAGCAACAUGCAUCUUCACGGGUUUUUUUUCCGGAGUGAAUCGGGGUGUAACUUCAAGAAUAAGGCUACUCUAGGUUUUCUAAU